AUGGCUACUAUCCACACCCCGGCCAAGAAGCCUGCAAGUGAAGAAAGAGACAGGAGCUCUAUAGGCUCCACGAAUGAGACAGAGAAGGCAAGACCUUCUCUUAAGAGAAGCCCGACGCCUACGACAAGUGUGAGAAGGAGUGUAGGAGAGUGGGAGACGGGGAGAGUUGAACCAAAAACUGUGUCGGAGACUUCUCCAAAAAUUAAUCAGAAGACACGGCCGGUACCAAAAUCAAAAACAAUCGUUCCCCUGGAAGGGAUGGAACUGCAAAAGGUACCAGCAGGGACUCUCCGGUGUCCCCAAAAAGGCCUCUCUACAAUACCGGAAUCGAGUUGCCGAGGCCAGAGCAUGCUUAAACAAAGCAAAACUCCAUCUCGGCAAUUCCAAGAAUUUAAAGACAGAGAUCAAAAAUGA